AUGGGAGUAUUUGAAGAAGCGAAAAUUCGUUUAUCGGAUAUACAAAAACGUAUUAACCGAGUACGUUGCGCUGGAGACGAAUUGACAACUACUCCUACCAACCAAACAGCGAAAACCAAAUUUCGGAUGAUGUACGCAACAGUCCUACGUCUUCAAGAGGAAUUUGAGUCACAGAUUGCAAUAAUCAUCAAGCAGCUAGGGAAGCCAGAUCAGAAGAGUGAAGAGGACACCUCGCCUGAAGAUCUACGAGAAAAAUUCGACGAGGCCUAUUUCAGUAUUAUGAUUGUAGCAGACGAAUACCUACCAACACACCAGCAGCACUCCAGAGCAGAUGAUACGUUUAUUGAAGCCAGUUACUCUCGCAACAAAACCCAGUUGAUACCAUUAGAAAAAUUGUCUAUACCGCGAUUUAGAGGGGAUGUGAAAGAGUACACAGGUUUUCGUAAUUUAUUUGACACAUUCGUACACAACAACUCAGAUUAUCUAACAGUCGUAAAAUUUAGCUAUUUAAGAGCAUAUCUAGAGGGUGAACCGUUAAAGAUUAUCACUAACUUGACGUUAAGUGAUGAUAACUAUAAUCUAGCUUUAAAAUUGUUGGAUAAUCGUUACUCGAACCGCCGUAUUAUUGCUCAGAGUCAUUUCGAUCAGUUGUGGAACAUGCCGAAAGCAGUGUUUGGUGAUGAAAAAACCAUUCGGCAGGUAUUGAGCAUAAUUACGGAGUCAGUUGGUGCCCUCAAGAACCAAGGUUAUGCAGUCGAUCAAUGGGACCCUAUUUUACUACAUCUGUUCCAGAUGAAGAUUGAUCAGCAGCUACGAGUUCAAUGGGAACUUCUAAUAGACACCAAUGAUGACCCUAGUGUGGAUGAAUUUACUACGUUCUUGACGAAGUUUUGCAAAGCUGCAUCUGCCAGCCGUCCCGCUAAUGUGCGUGAAAACGUGGCAUACACUAAAUCCCAACCAAAACUGACCACCUUACACACUGCACAACAACACCAUAAGUCAGCAUCACCGGGGCACAACUACCAAAGUGAGAACAAACGUCAAUUUACAUGCCAAGUUUGUAAAGCGAAACCAGGCCAUCUAUUAAUCGCUUGCUCCGUUUUCAAAGGGAAAACACCGAGAGAACGAUAUCAGACCAUAAGAGAGUUAAAUCGCUGUUUUUUGUGUUUCAGUGAACACACGGUCUCAAAGUGUAAACAUAACAAGGUGUGUUCGGAAUGUGGGGGUAGUCACUAUUCACUUUUACAUUUUGACACCAAAGAAUCUGAAUCUGAACCAACGGUUGAACCUCCAGCAACACCACCAACCAUGUCCACCUGCUUUUCAUCUUUGGAUACUAGACCUUAUCAUACAAGUGUUCUGAUGUCAACCAUAAUUGUUCACGUUCAAGAUGCUAAUGGACAUCAGCAAGAAGCAAGAGCCUUACUAGACAGUGGAAGUCAGACCAGUUUUAUUACCGAAUAUUGUCGAAAACGAUUAGGCUUACCACGCCAAAAAUGCUGUAUAGCUGUACAAGCGGUUGCAGGCAUGCCGGUUCCUUCGAUAAAGGCAAAAACCAUUCUAAUCAUUAGACCUGUUCGACAGGAAACCCCUCAGUUCACGGUCGAUGCUUUUGUUCUCCCCCAAAUAACCGGACUAAUUCCGUCGGAGUGUGUGAUAAAAACCGAGUGGCCACACAUCGAUAAACUUGACCUGGCUGACCCCAGAUAUAAUGAACCAGCCCCCAUUGACAUCCUACUAGGGGCAGAGGUUUUCCCUUAUAUCAUCCGAGGAAAUCGAAGAGAGGGGACUGAUCGUGAGCCAGUCGCCAUCGAAACCGUAUUUGGAUGGGUUUUAAUGGGGCGCUCUUCGGUCAGCCCGACCGCUACCACUACUACGUUGUGCACUUCCUUAGAAUUGGUCAAUACCUCACUACGUCGUUUUUGGGAAAUUGAAGAACUUCCUAACAUCGUCAAAACCAGCCCUACGGAAGAACAAUGCGAGAAGAUCUACCAUACCACUACCACCAGACAGUCUGAUGGACGAUACGUAGUUCAUCUACCAUUUAUAGAGUACCCACCUACACUUGGAGAAUCUCGUCAUCUUGCUUUAAAGCGACUAAUGCAAUUAGAAUCUCGUUUGGAAAAAUCAACGCAAUUAAGGAGUGACUAUAACGAGGCUAUGUACGAUUAUCUCGAAUCUGGGCACAUGAAUCGAGUUGAAACUACUGCAACCAAUGACACUUCGUCAUACUAUAUUCCACACCAUGCUGUCUUGAAGCCAGGAAGUACUACCACAAGAGUACGCGUGGUCUAUGAUGCAUCUGCAACCUCGACAAACGGAAAAUCAUUGAACGAUCACCUCUAUCCUGGACCUAAACUCCAACAGGAUCUGCCUGGAAUAAUAAUACGUUUUCGAUUGCACAAAGUGGUUUUUACGACAGAUAUUAAACAAAUGUUUAGACAGAUCGUCGUUACCCCAGACCACCGAUCAUACCAGCGACUGCUUUUUCGAUUUAAACCCUCUGAUCCAGUGCAAACGUUUGAGAUGUCCACUGUCACGUUUGGUCAACGUUCAUCGCCGUUUUUGGCAAUAAGGACAUUACACCAGUUGGCAACUGACGAAGCCAAGAACUACCCAGCUGUUGAGCGAAUCAUCCUCAAUGAUUUAUAUGUGGACGAUGUCGCUACUGGAGCUGAUUGUGAAUCAAGUGCUCUUAAACUGCAGCAAGAUCUGAUAAAGGUAUUCGACCGUGGUUGUUUUGAACUAAGGAAAUGGUCUAGCAAUUCUGUCGCGUUGUUAGAGGCCGUUCCGCCGGACUGUCGCCAAACAGACCCGGUUACCUUUGAUGAGCCUACGUCAGAUUACACCAAAGUUCUCGGGUUAAAAUGGGAACCUAACCACGACAUCUUGGCAUACCAAUAUCAACCUAACCCUGUACGCUUUAAUAAGCGUGCCAUCCUAUCAGAAAUUGCACGCAUUUACGAUCCGAUUGGACUGCUGACACCAGUCAUCACUAGCCUAAAAUGCAUCAUGAAAUAUUUGUGGUCCAUUGGAGUUGGGUGGGAUGAUCAGAUUCCGGAUGAUGCCACAAAAGUAUGGUCCCAAUAUCAUGAAGAGCUGCCCUUCAUCGGAUUGAUCAAAAUACCACGUCAAGUGACAACAGAAAAGGGUACUUACGAACUUCACGGGUUCUGUGACAGUUCAGAAAUAGCAUACGCUGCAGCAGUUUAUCUUCUGGUACGAUCAACCAAUACCACUCAAUGUCACCUUCUCAUGGGAAAGUCCAAAGUAGCACCAGAAAAGAAAUUGUCGAUUCCGCGACUCGAACUUUGUGGAGCUUUACUCCUCGCCCGGACUAUUGAAUAUGUACGAACCAAUUUAACUUCAUUGCAGAUCACAAACGUCACUGCCUGGUGUGACUCCACAGUAGUGCUCACAUGGAUCCAAAUGCCAACGGCAAGAUUGAAAACGUUUGUGGCGAAUCGCGUCGCUCAAAUUCAGCAUAUGACCUCAUCUGACAGCUGGAGACAUGUACCCACUGCACAAAAUCCAGCAGACUGUGCCACUCGUGGCUUGACUCCGAAAGAAAUAAUUGAUCACCCUAUCUGGUGGACCGGCCCGCAAUUUCUUACUCAACCUUCGGAAACAUGGCCGCAAGUAACCAUCUCCAACACUGUCGAACCGGGAGAACACAAUGUCGAAGAAAAACCCUUGAUACUACUAGCCGUCCAAGUUGAAGAAGAGAGUAAGCUCUUAACCUCAUCAGCUGACCUCCCUAAAGUCCUCCGUCUCACUGCAUACUGGUUACGGCUUCGGAGACGUUUAGCCCACCAACCAAUGGUAUUUGAUGAAAACCAAUCACCGGGAAUAAAAGAGAAAAAUGAAGCGUUACUUGCUUUAUUACGAUGGGUACAGCGCGUACACUUCGCAGAUGAUUUGAAACUUCUUACCGCAGGUCGAAACUGUUCAACCAAACUCCGGUUAUUGAAAGCAUUUAUAGACCCAAUGGGGGGUCUCCUCAGGGUGGGCGGGAGACUUCGCGAGUCUGAUUUACCGUUUAAAAAUCGCCAUCCUAUCUUAUUACCGAAGAACUCCCAGUUGACGAUACUAUUAAUCGAUUUUGUCCACCGUCAGCAUUGUCACCCAGGACCUCAAACAACUCAGAACAUUCUUCAACAAGAAUAUUGGAUCAUUUCCGCUCGAAGUUUCAUACGAAAACGACUCCGUCAAUGCGUAUCCUGUUUCAAAGCCAGUCCGAAGCCCUUGCAGCCUAGUAUGGGAGACUUACCGAAGCCAAGACUAGUUGGUACAAAACCAUUCUCUCACGUGGGUGUUGAUUUCGCUGGACCGUUCUUCGUAAAAGCCGCUCUUCUAAGACGGAUCCAGACGACCAAAGGGUACUUAUGUAUUUUUGUAUGUAUGGCAACUCGUGCGGUCCAUUUGGAGCUAGUCAGUGAUUUGUCAACAGCUCUCUUCCUCGCGGCCCUUGACCGAUUUAUUAGUCGUCGUGGAAGAUGUACUGACCUCUACAGCGAUUGUGGCACAAAUUUUGUAGGAGCAAAACGCUAUUUAAAGGAAGUCCAAGAUCUUAUUGACUCUUCAAACACAGCAACGGAUCUGAAUAAACGCCAAAUUCAAUGGCAUUUAAAUCCACCAGCCGCUCCACACAUGGGCGGACUUUGGGAAGCAGCGGUUAAGUCUGCAAAAACGCUACUUCAUCGUACCAUCCACGACCAAAUAUUAACCUAUGAAGAAUUAAAUACCAUUUUUCAUCGAGUAGAGGCCACCCUUAACUCACGUCCUCUAGGAGCCAUGUCCUCGGACCCGAACGAUCCUCAACCUCUGACCGCUGGACAUUUCUUAACUAUGGGACCUCUGGGUACGCUACCUGCACCUACCACGUCAUCUAUCAGUUCAAGACUCGGACUUCACAAACGAUGGGCUCUUGUCCAACGAAUACAACUACACUUCUGGGAACGUUGGCAGAAAGAUUACCUACAUACCUUGCAAAUAAGAUCCAAGUGGCACAAGGACGAACGUAAUCUCCUGAUCGGGGACCUUGUCAUUGUCAAAGAACCAACACCCCCUCUCACUUGGAAAACUGCACGGGUCGUGGAAGUUCACCCGGGUGAAGAUGACGUAGUACGUGUGGCCACAGUUCGUGAUGCAGACGGCAAACUAUACAAACGUCCAGCCGCAAAGUUGUGUCUAUUACCACUAGAUAUUUGA